AUGAACCUGUGCAGCCUUGUACUUGAUCGGUAUAUGGCUGUCGUAAAGCCACUGAAAUACGUCAACUUCAUGACUGCUCGACGUGUCACCCAGCUAACUUUAAUUUCUUGGGCUUUCCCUCUUUGUCUUGUAAUUUGUUCUGUUUUCAUUCUGUUUUCAAGACUUCGUGGACUAGACUAGUGCGAAUUUGUCUUUUAAUCAAAGCCAUACAAAGAGUUUUGCGUUUUUUCUCGGGAAAUUUAUUUUAUAAAAGCAACAGAAAACUUCUUCCUGUGUUUGCAUAGCCUGAUAUAAACACUCGAGACGUUGGGAGAAUUCUCGACAGUUAUGCAAACCCGAGACGUUGUCUCGGGUUUGCAUAACUGUCUCGAAUUCUCCCAACCCCUCUCAUGUUUAUAUCAAGCUUCUUUGCGGGCAAGGAUUAAUCAUGGCAUGUAUGCAAAGUGUUUUUAAUAAACUUGAACUUGAAACUUGUGCUUUUUCUUCAAAUUUACAAUGAAUGUUUUAUUUCAAGAACCAAUGCGUUUCUGGUAGCCUGCGUUGCAGCCGGCCCACGUAUCUUCUAGACCAUUAAUAUAAGAGGGUCCUCAAUAGGUUUCUCGGGAUCCGGGAUUUCCCUUAUUUAAGGCUCGGGAUUCGGGAUUAUAAAGCAAAAUCGGGGCAAGAUUCGGGAUCGAAAGUAUGCUAAUCUAGCCUGCGUUGCAGGCGGCCCACGUAUCUUCUAGACCAUUGAUAUAAGAGGGUCCCCAAUAGGUUUCUCGGGAUCCGGGAUAUCCCUUAUUUGAGGCCCGGGAUUCGGGAUUAUAAAGUAAAAUCGGGGCAAGAUUUGGGAUUGAAAGUAUGCCCGUAAGGUGGGAUGCCAAAAAUAAAAAUGGGAUUACGGGAUUGCACGAAAUUUUGGGUCGGGAUUACGGGAUUGAAGAACCCCAUUGGGGACCCUCAUAUAAUAUACAGGCGGUUAAGAGUGUCUGCGACGCAAGCUAGCUUCUGGUUGGCACAUUAAUGUCAAAAGGUGACGUCAGCGGGAGUAUCACUUUUCACUCCAAGUGUUGUGAUGUGUGCAGCCCUAACCAAAGAAAUUGUACAACAUUGGCAUUACGGUGAUGAAUUCCUUUUCGUCAUUAUAUAUUACUUCAUUUUUUUCUCGGUCUCCGGUUGAUAAAGGUUUAAAGAAUCGUCUUAGUGUAUAAUUCACCUUUCUCUAGUGUUUUUUGUUUUCUCUUUUAUUUAUUUAUUUUUUCAAGUAUAAGGCGUUAGCUUCCACUUCACCAAAGAGGUGGAUAGUGCUUUUGAUUGGCUGAUUAUAAAUUAUGCUUAAAUGGCUGUAAAUAACUCAUAUUGGAGGCUUCCAGGGCCCUAAAACCCCAGGGGGGGGGGUACUUUAAGAAUUUUGGGGUGGGGAUGUGCCGCUGGGACCCUGAAACCCUUAGCCUAUACCACUGAGGUUGCUAGCACAGUCCAGCCAAAACAAAACCGAUUUGAUGUUUUUAUAUUCUUGAGUGGCAAUUCCCGGUUUCCCUAGUCUAGACUAAAAUCUUCAGCCAAUUGAUUAGUUUCAGAUGGAAAAUGAUACCCUCUUUUAGACCCAAACUCUCUGAUUUAUAUGCCCUAUCCCAGCGUAAACUGCUUGAAAACCAUACCCUUUACAGCGGCACAUACCCAUAUAGCCCAUAUAUAGCAGUAGCCCCCCCCCGGCCUAAAACCAACCAUCAACGAGACAAUAGCAAUGAAAAACGAAUAUAUUGUAAAUUUUCAUUUAAGAUUAUUACCUUGAUUGCCUGAACAAUAUUUGGGGUCAAAUAGGAAACUGAAUACAAUUCCACAGGUAGCUAAAGUUUACAUCUGUACUGUCAAAUUAAAUGCCAAAGGAAAAAGCAUAUUGAAAAUACAUUUGAAAACCAAAGGCCAAGCACAAGUCCCCUCUUCAUAAUAAGAAUGCAUUUCCAUUGAACCCAGUAAGCUUGUUUUGUUUACAAGGCAGGUAAUUUUCCACUGGGAUACAUGCUAUUUUUGUGAUUCGCAUGACAUGCAAAGUUGAACAUAAUGGAGAUUACAUUGCAAUUAGAAGGUGAUGGAGAAGGAUAUAAAACUAUUCUGAUGGAUCCCAUAGCUAUUGAUGAGCCUCUCUAUAUGGUCAAUUCUGACGAAAUCGAAGUUUCGAUGAUUGCUUCUGAUGAAGCGACGACCUUAAGAUAUUAAAGAGACGAACGCAUUGCCAUCCGUUCAAUUUUAAUUUAACAACAAUAGUUGUGCGAUUCGCCCCAUAUAAGGGGAUCCAAGAAUUAAGACGCUCUUGGAUUCUGGAUUCGACGCCGUAGAUUCCGAAUUCCAGGUCCAGGAUUCCUGACUUUUGUCAUUAAAACUUGGAUUCCGGAUUCCCAUCAUUUGCCGCAUUCCGGAUUCAUUAAGUUGUGUUCCGGAUUCCAAAGCCCAGGAUUUCGGAUUCCAAGCAAAAAUUUCCUGGAUUUCGCAAUCCGAAUUCCAUAAAUGGGACGCAUGCGAUGAUGGCGGGCGAAAGAAUCUGCCAAAAAUUGCGCUGCACGUUCAGAGUUUUUGCUUUGCUUAAUAAACCUUAAUAUUGUCUCUUUUCCUUCUUCGUCGUCGUCGUAGUUGUGCUCGAACUCUCUAGUAACGUUACCACGCAAAACAAUUCUUGAUAUAUGAGACGAUUUCCUGAAAAAACCGUCGAUUUGAUGGAAAACGCGCAACGAAAUCCACAUGGCUCACUGAUGCUACAAAUUCUACAAGGUCAAAAGAUUCUUCAUUUUCGCGCUUCAUGUGGCUCGAAAAUUUCCUUCCAAAUACAGAACUUGGAAUGUUUAGUUUUAGUGUAUUAUCACUAACUUACCACAAUUCUUUCUAAAUGCCAUCUAAUGUAGUCAAAAGCCAAAAUAGGAAGGCUAUUUCCACGUUUUGCAUAAACGUUUAUCUAUUGUUGACAACCAACAAAGUUUUAAUCGCUUAAUUAAUAUCGGUUAUUAGAAUUAACAACAGGUGAAUCACGACAAAAUAAGACAGAGCGGCUUAUUGCAUUUAAUAAUAGGAGCCUGAACGCUCCAGAAGAUUGUCUUUCGUUGAGUUAAGCUUCAGUUUUAUUUAAAUGUGAAGAAGAACGAAAUUGAAAACCGACCCUUCCAAUUGGUCUAAAUGCUUUUCCUGUCCUAUGCAGUCAACUUAGCAAUCAUAAAUUGACGUAUUGAUUACCUUUAUCAUGUUCGUCAGAUAUAAGGCGCAAACGUUACCAGAUGUUUAUAAAAUAACAAAACUUUUCUUUGACAUAAACUUCAACGCCCAGCUAAAGUUCUGGACCGAUAACAAAAUGGAAACUUGGUUUUGGAUUCUUGGUUGGAUUCUGUCCAUUCUGACGGUAGCUGGAAAUGGUUUCACCGUACUUCUUGUGGGCGGUCAACCUCGGCUUCGCACCAAAACCAACGCACUGAUCGUUUCACUUGCGGUGGCGGAUUUCUGUGUUGGGGCGUUCGUUGUUCCUUCACUGUUCUUCUGUGACAUCAGAGGUGGUUGCAACUGGCCUCAACUCUAUGCGUCCUGGGUGGAUUUUGUAAGGUGGCUCUUUGCGUACGCCUCUAUAAUGAACCUGAGCAGCCUCGUACUAGAUCGGUAUGUGGCUAUUGUAAAGCCACUGAAAUACGUCAACUACAUGACCACGCGACGUAUCACUAAAUUAAUAUUUUUUUCUUGGGUUAUCCCUUUUUGUCUUGCAAUUUUUCUGUUUCCAUGAGUUUAUAUUCAACAUUUUCGUUAUGUAGAAUAGUCGUAAGCGUAUGUUGCGCGCUUCUUGAGAUUUUCUUCAGCUGCAUGUUAAUUUUCUGUUUUAUUUCCAUGGCAACAGUUGUGUACAAUCAAACGCGAUCAUCAGCCAUCUUGGCAAAACAGUUACGUUUCAACCACCAAGGUUUGACAUUCAACACAUAUGACAAAUCAGCAGUUGUAAUGUUGGCAGUUGUGAUGGUCUUCGCCCUGGCUUGUUUCGCAACUUACUUGCGCUGUAGCUUUCUUCAGUUAUCAGGAAAUCGUAGACAUCCACACCUUUCGUGUAAAAGUGACUUUAAAUUUAGAAUACCUAUGUUAGUUCUGAACUCUGCAAUAAACCCUUUGGCAUACGCUUUUUUCAAGCGUGACAUUAAGAAAGCCUUAAAAGGAAAAAAACGCUUCCUUAUGAGGUUGGUCGAUUUAAAUUCAUGA